CUUUCCGGGUCCUCACUUCCCCGAUUGGGUGAAACCCUAGCCACCACUCCUCGCGCCCCUCUCCUCCAAUCCCCGCAGCCGACGACGAGGUCUCGCCCUUCGCCGAGCUUGCCACCACCGCUGCUCUCCCCUCGCCGUCGCCGGGAGGAGUGUGCAGGCCGCCGCUCGCAUCGUUUCUCCGCAGCCGCCACCGCCCCCUUCCCUUCCAAGCCCGCGGAGAUGACGGCGCCAGCGCUGGCGCUCGCGGUGGUCGGGUACUGGGCUGCCGGACAGCCGCGGGGCCAUAUGUCGCGGGACCUCAAGCUAUCGACGGCGGGGACUGAGUCGCCGCCGCCGCAUCAUCUUCUCCUCGUUGACAUGAUGGGUGUCGAAAAGAAAAUUCUUAGAGCCUGUUCGGUUCCUCUCCUCUCCCUCGACUGUGCGGCGGCGGCGGCGGCGGCCAAGAGGCGCAUGGCGACAGGGAGCCCGAGUUCCUCGGCGAGCCUGUCCCCGCCGACGAGGCCCACGCAAAGUGAACGCAGUACUGCCAGCAUCGCUCGCCCAAGAGGCGAAGAACAGAUGGGCUGGGAAGACCGUUGUAGAUCUCUUCACGGAUGAAUUCAGGGGCGGCCCUCCAUCGCAGAGGAGAUCCGGCCGGCAUACUGGGUCUCACACAGGUGAUUGUGAAGGGAGAAUCGUAUAACCAACAUCCUCCUCCAAGCCUACAUCUACUACCUCGCCAAGCAACACUAGCCUACAACAACAAGAUGAAAUUACGGCUCUGUAAGGCAAUGGAUUUCACGUCUCUUCACAAGUAAGGAAUAAAGAUAACUGUCUCUCUGAUAUGGUAUAAGCUAAUUUUCUUGCUUAUAUGGUUGACUUAGUUUGCGUUAUUGCUUUCAUCAGUCUAUUUGUAGUGUUACCACGUGUGAUGAUCCUAUGCAAGAUUGUAUAUCAAUGCAUAAUGUAAUAUUUCAUCAAUUGCUCCUUUAUAAUGGGCAUAUGUUUUAAUCUUGUUGAAGGUUAGUUUCGUAUUUUUUUCUGAAAGAAAGUGAUGCCAAUGAUCAAAGAAUAUAUAAAGUCAAUGAACUAGGCAUUUGAAGCAAUUCAGAUGAAACAAGAUCCAAUUAUCAGGGUCAAGGGUCAAUAAAACUGAGGUAAUGUAUCAUGCAGUCCGGGCAGGAUCACCACUGGCUGACGUCUAUCUUUUUUAAUCUCCUAAAGCAGGAAGAGUAUUUUGGUGGAGCACAAUUUAUGAAGGACGCCGCCGUGUCUCUCGCUGGCUCUCUCCUUGCCAUCACCGGGAGGGUUGUGCAGGCCACUGCUCGCAUAACUACUUUGCAGUCCGGAUCAUGCCAUCGAGAUAGACCAAAAGGGAAACACCGCCGGCAACAACACCGAUGGGGGCCUCCCUGGUUGCCACCACCGCCGCUGCUGUCGUCGCCCUCCCCGCUGCCCCACAACACACUGCCAGAUAGGGCAUAUUUCCUUCAGUCGGCACACUCCACAAUCUCAGUUCCUAAUCUUUGUUAUGCGCUGAGAGGAGGGAAGAAGGACAAUGCGGUCGCAGCCCUAUCGGCACCCUUCUCACCUGAUUCACCCGCAUCACGCCAUGCAGGUUCGUUUUUGUGUAUUGUUCUUUACUGUCAAGUCUGAAGUUAGUGGUUCCUGAGUGAGCUGCGGAAGCUACUACCGUCUGUUAUCUGCUCCAUCUGUGCGCCGACGAACAAGUUAAUUAGGUGGCUUGGUGUGUGCUUGUCGACCGCCAUGGCCGACUACUCAUCGUCCCCGACAUCUUACAUUCCUUUGCACAUGUGUUUGGCCAUCUUUUGGUGCAUGCAAUGGUCUUGUGGACUGCUGUGUUUGUUGUUUGUGAUUCAAGCCAUCACUAGCUACUGUGAUAUGUUGUGCAAACUACUGUCUGAUUGUCCUCGCCUUUUGUAAGAGUGCCCUGCUCUAAGAAUUAUGUAACAUUCUUUAUGUUGACUACAUAUUAGUUACACUGAUGCACUUUCGGUUCU